AUGGAAACGGAACCAGAGAGACCCAUCGACUAUUGGGUUUGUAAGUGACAUUUCAAUAGGAUUCCAUUGCACAAGGAACAUAUUCAGGCAGGGCAACGGAUAGAUUCACCGACAAUGCUGAAAGAACAAAAGCACUGGACACAAUCAUUGAGAGAAUCCAUUCCGAAGUAUGUUUCACGCAGAUGAAAAUAGAUGAAAUGUAUUUCCUUACGUGUCAUAAACAUAUGAUCUAUUACAAAUCCUAACUAGUUGCCAUUCAAUUUCAGUCUUUCGAUUCUCUGUCUGCUGUCGACCUUCUCUCUCACAAACUCUCAAGUCCAUCACAGGAAGAAGCCUUGCUCACAAUUCAGGUUAAUCAGUUUCCAAUAUUUAGAAUCAUUGUUUCGUUUCUGAGUCUUGUAGGCCCUUGAUUAUCUCGUCCGAAAUGGAGGAGAAAAGGUGCAUGAGAAAUGCGGUCGUUACCGCUUUCUUAAUGAGCUCGUCAGAUUGAUCGCACCCAAGUACAUGGGCAAAACGACAUCCGAUGUGGUCAAAAACGAAAUUGUCAAAUUGUUAUUCAUCUGGCAGUUAUCCAUCAAGCACAUUACAAAAUACAAACAGGUCUAUGAGUCAUUGAAAACUAGCAAAAUCAUCACGGAUGACCCACAAGUGAAGGAGACCGAGAUUCCAGUUUUUCAAAGUAAGUUUUGAUGCUUGACGUUAAACAUCAGCAUCUAGUUUUGUUUUCAUGAAACUCACUCAUAUGAGUUCAGCUCCACCUGCUCGUACUUCUGUUUUUGACGAUGAAGAGCAGGCCGUUCUGCUGAAAUCUUUGUUGUCGAGUAACAGAAAGGAGGACUUACAAACGGCGAAUAACCUCAUUAAAAGUCUUGUGGAAACGGUUGGGGAAAAGCCGAGCAUACAAAUAAAAGGAAUUUGUAUUCAGGAGGAACACCAUCUGGUCAAGGUGCAUGAGCGUCGAAAGAACUUGGAUCUUGUGAAAGAUCUGUGCAAGCAGCUCGAAGACGCGAAUAUCGAAAAAGCCACACAAGACAUUGGCCUUGGUGUCACAACCGCCAAUGUGGAUGAUUAUCGCCCGGUAUAUCAUUUAUCACUUUUAUAACCUAACUAAAUUAGUUGGUUCAGAAGUUGAUUGAGAAAGUCACAAAAAUGCAGCAGAUUAUCUAUGGAUACGCCAACGAGUUGGCGGAAGCCAAUGAUCCGUGUUUGGAGGAAGUUUUAAAUAUUAAUGACCGAAUCAACAAGGCACUGCCGAAGAAAAAAGACGAAACUGCCACUCGCGGCAAUCGUGUUUCCUCCUCAGACCGAGUUCAAUGUAAGUUUGCAAACGCCUCGUCUCAGAACUGUUUAAGAAAUUUCCAGUAGAAAUUGAAAAUCAAGAGCUCCUUGUCUUCAACUCGCCGACCAACGAAUCAGCACCCAAGAACGUAUUUUGUGACCCGCGUGAUCUGGUAUGUAGUUGUGGUUUUGUGCUCGAUAAUUGAAGACUUGAAUAUAAAAUAUUAUUAAAAUAUGUCAUUUAGGAAGGAAGUCUGCUGAACAAUAUGAUUGAGUCGGAGUUUGUGGACGAGCCCAAGGUUGUUAGCCCCUCCCAAGGGACUGGGAGACAACAAAACAAGUUUCAGAUCGUUCCCGUUCAACAAAUGACUCCCGCGCCAAAUUGGAACAGCUCUGCAAGUCCUCGUGCAAGAGGAGAUUCUAUCUUUGAAACGGAUUUUCUAGCAGGACAAAGACUCCCUGAGUACGUACCAAUUGUUGACUCUAAUCAACGAAAACAAAUUAAGGGCUCCCAAAGCGCCAACUCUCAAUGAGUUGAAGCCCAAUACCACGAUCACCCUGGAAGCACUGGAAGUACUUGUCCCAGCCGCUGCCGCAGAACCGGCCAUCCUGUCGCCAAAAACUAUCCCAGAAACAGUCAAUCUCGAUCCGAGUUCUGUCAUUCUCAGUGAGCCAUUGCUACAAAAAUUGUCAUAAGCUCGCAUGUUUUUAGGAAACAGAAAGCCUCUCAUGAUCCUCGACAACAAAGGAAUCCGAAUUCUGUUGUAUUGGUGCCAGUGCGACACAUCUACCAGCAACAUUCUCUCGUACAUUUUGGUCAUCCAAAAUCAUAACAUCUUCACCAUCAAGGACGUUUCCCUAAGUUUGAAAACCAAUGACAAAGUAAAAAACUAAAGAAAACAUAGAACUUUAUACAGUUUGCUUUCAGAACAUCAUAAUCCGACUGCAGAAUAUGAUCAAAGAUCUUUCCGGAUUCAACAUUUUUGGCCAACAGGAAACAAUGAAUCUUCUGCUCUGUAUCCAACAACUUAAUGAUGUCAAAGAUGUCGAACUGGACUUCACACUGGAAUACAAAAAGAACUUGGACUCGGCAAUCAGUGGCAGCUUCAUCUUGUCUCUCGUUCCGGAGCACACUUUCAAUCUCAAAUUCUAA